CAGCAGGUGGCAGUAAAGCAACUUUUAAUGAACUAGGCCGGAGUUAAAUCUGGGAAGAAGAUCUAUUCUCGCUGCCGGAAGCAUGUCGCGGGUUGUGUGCGGGGCUGCCUUCCUCCGCUGCGGGCUGUGGAGGUAACAGCGGUGAUCAAACGAACGAGCGGUUCUUGUUCAUGAAAUACGUCGGUCUGGGGACGGAUCUCACCACAGACGGCUUUAACCGAAGAGAGGCAUGUCCAGUAAGAAGGUUGUUGGCUGCCGCGGACUUUGGCGCUAACCUUAGCUUGCAAGACAGCGAGCUGCCCAGUGCAAUCCCUGCCCGAGAAUCCGACCCUGGCGCGGACUGCCUGAGCUCUGUGACCGCGGGGAGGAUCAUGGAGUGGAGGAAAUCUGGACCACAAUUGGUCCACCAGCGGCAUAUGCCGAUGGAGCCGAAGAAGUUCCACAUACCGAGGAAAACGAAAGAGAAAAAGGCUCUGUUCCAGUUCGUCUCCACCGAGUCCCGGGAGUACGAGGACAUGAAGACCAUUCUGACGUCGGGCUACAUUGACACCAACUCUGCAGGCUGUUUCAGUUACAGCAAUCCUCGGCUUGUUCACAGUGAGCUGCUGGAGAAGGAAUUUGUGGAAAAAAGGAGAGAGAUGAAAGCAGAUGGAAGGACGGAGAAGGAGCUGGAGGAGAGUUACUGUUUCCUGUUGACUAAUUCAGUGGAGCUGCCUGUUCUCUGUGAGAAGGGACUGACUGUUGGUCAGAGCAGAAACACGGUGCUGGGAAACCCAAGUAAAGGCGUGUAUCUGUCGAGGUACUCGGAUCUGCUGCAGACAAACCCCCUCAGCCCUGGGACAACAGGGGAGCUCAUCAUCUUCAAGGUGAUAAAGGGGAAAGUGAAGAGCAUCUACGACAACAUGAAGAUCCUCCAAGACCCCACACCUCGCUUCGACAGCCACACCGCCAAGAACGCCAGCAAGGUCACCUCGCUAAGCUGCUACCGCGCCUUCGAGCUCACACAGCAAUACUUCUAUGAGUAUUUGUUUGAUGAGCUGCGGGAGCGGCCUCGGCAGGUGUGUCCGUACGCCGUCGUCUCCUUCCACAUGAAAGGAAAAGACACGCCCCUCUCCAUCAAACCUCCGCCUCCCAUCAGAUUCAAUAGUCAGUCCUCAGAGAGUAGUCAAGAGUGCGCUCAGUUCACCGUGUGGACCGGAGAUUUAGUGAAAAACAAGCGGGUUCUGUUCCAAAUCUCCCUUCGGUCCAGCUCCACUCCCACUCUGCCCCACAGGCUGCCAGAGAAGUUGGACAUUGGCUCUGUAAUGAUGUUCGAUGAAGUCACCAAACUGGUUCCCUCUGGCCUGUUCUCCUUUGACCUCUACAGCAGCAGUAAAGAAGUUGUGACAGAGGGACAUUACUGCAGUCUGCUGGAGGUGGUUGACCGAAGUCGGUUCACAACUAACGUAACAACACUGCUGCGGGAGCUGGAGACCAAAAGACUGGUUCUGGUGAACCCGCUCACAGAUAAAGGUUUCCUCUUCCUGCUGUCCAGUGUUCAGAUGGCCACACCAGCGGAAAGACGAGAUGCCUGGAAGAGGAGCUUCCAGGCCUUGUUUGUUUUCCCAGAGUCCAGAGAUGUGUCUAAAUUCACAUUACGGUGUUCCUCCUCCUCCUCCUCCCAGGAGUGUUUGGUGUCCCCCGUCUCGGUGAUGCCGCGGCUCCCAGAGUUUUUACCAGCUUUGCACCACUCUCUGGUAAAAGCCAGAGGCAACCCACCUUCUAACCUUUCUGCUGGUGUGGAGCUGCAGACGCAGGAAUAUCUGAGUGGCUUGAAUGACGGCAGUGUUCGCCAGUACCCCAUGACCGAGUAUGACUCGGUUCUAGAUGAGGAGACAAAACCUUGCCCCCCUUAUCAUCGGGUGAACACGGAUGGCUACCUGCGCUCCUACCUGUCCAACCCCACCGUCUACCUGCUGUCGGUGGCCCGGGCCAGACAGGCGAUGGAGGCGCACUGUGGUCCCGAGCCGCCGCAGGAGAAAGCAUCCAGGAACGAUGGAGGUCCGAGGGAGGCAGCAGGACAGAGUGUUCAGAAGAUGCAGCAGCUGUUAGAACAGAUUUUGGCUUGUAAGAAAAACGCAGAGACUGAGGCGAGGAGGGAAGAGGGAGAUGGUUUGAAGGCACCGGAGAGGAAGAGAAAGAUGGAGCAGAAGACAGCAGAGAGAGCGCUGAAAUACUUCAAAGCAUCCCUGGAAACAGGAAGGCCUGACAGGAUUCCAGUUGGAGGAAACAAAACCCCGGCUUCUCAUUUCUCUUUUUCAUCUAUAAUUACCUCAUUGGGUGUGAAGGAUGUUGAUCUGAGGGAAGACGGAUCCGAAGUAUCUGUGAAAUUUCUCAGACAGCUAAAAGGCCUCGUUCAUGCUGCUAAUCAGAACCCUACUGAGGCACCGGAGGAAGGACAGAAGGAGUCCAGUCCGUUUGGUCGGCUGGCGGUGAAGCUUGGCCUGCCAGCUAACUGUGACAUUGACCUGAGGAAGCAGGAGGAGCUGGAGGAGCAGACGGCGGGCAGCGUCAGCAGUUUGGAGGGAUUCAGUCCCAGUUCGCACGGCGGGGAGUCGACUCACCAUGGAGGACGAGGAGGAGGAGGAAGGCUGGGGAAGAAAGUAGCAGCUAAUGAAGAGCAGGAGGAGGAAGAGUGGGAGAUCCCAUGGGUCCUAAUUCCCAUAACAGGUCUUUGUUCAGAGAGGUACUCACAGCGGGACAGGAACAUCCCACAGGACCCUCGUUUCCAGCACCUCGACUCGGCAACAGGCCUCACCUUAGCAACCAAAUCGCCCAGGAGGAGCCCCGCCUCGUCUCCCGAGCGAAGCCCCCCUCCAUCCUACCCAUCCCCUGAGACCACCCCCUCUCCUUCCCCCGAUCAGUGCUCAUCACCCAUCCCCAGCCCGCCAAACUCGCCCUCUCAGUGCCCAUCUCCUGAGCCCAGUCUGCCACCGUCGCCGUCUCAGUGCCCGUCCCCGGAGCCCAGCCCACCUUCGUCUCCUUUUCACUGCCCUUCACCACAACCCAGUCCCCCCCCUUCUGCUGCCCAGUCCCCGACACCUGAGACCGAGCCGCUGCUGUCCUCCCAGUGCUGGUCUGUGGGUAAUGAACUCAAGCCAGUUAACGAGCAGCAGCGUGCCCCAAAGGAGUUUCCAGGAGUGUUGAGCGAAAGGGAAACGGAGCUUCAGAGGAAGGAAAUCAAGACAGAGGAGCCAUCAGUUCAUGCAGAGAUGGAUCCGUUCACUGUUCCACCUCCUGCUCUGAGGUUCAAAUCUUCUCCAUCCCACUCCGAACAAGUCGAGGAGACGGGGGGAGAAACAGAGAAGAUGGUGGAAGCAAAGGUUGAGCGUGCAGCAGAGGAAGAAGAAAUACAGCCAGAGGAGAAAGAGCAGAACCAACUGGAGGAGGCAACUGAGAACUGUGAGCAACACGAGGAGAAGGAGGUUAAAGUAGAGAUUGUUGGUGAGCAGAAUCAAAAGAGGGAACUGAAUGAACCGAAUGGUGGCUCUUUGUUGUCCUCCGCCAUCUCUGCAGGCACUGCCUGUCCUAACAGAGACCUUGACAGUGUUGUGGACAAACAUCUGGAAGAGUUUACCUCUGAUAUACAGCUCCUCCUGCAGGAUGAAGGUGUUAACUACAGCUUGAGUCAGCUCUCACACUCUCCUCUAACUACAAACACUCCUCAGGAUAUGCUCCCAUACACAUCGCUGCUUCCGUUUUCACAGUACGUGUCCUUUUACAACCCCUGCCCUUCAGCCAGCGACUACGUGACAUCACUGCACGAUGGCAUCUCCGGCUUGCUGGCAGAGUUUGAGGAACGCUGGUCGAGGGCAAACCCUGGCGGCAGCGGGACCCCUGUUGAUGCCACGUUGGCCACCACAGUCAGUGAUUUUGUGGCCAGCGUCAGAGCAGGUAAGACUUCAACAGGUAGAACCGAUGAGGCCUUCGAUGACUGUAUUGAACAGAUGUCUGCUGACUUGGAACCAUCACUCCCAGGUCCAGCAUGCUCCAGAGCAGAGGCAGUCUGGGAACCAGACUCUGCAAACUGGAGGAACCCCCCAGUUCCUCGUCUCUCUUUAUCGGACCCACCUUCUGCCUCUGGUUCCGUCUGGGGUUGCUUGAAUCAAGACGUCAUGCAACCUCAGGACAUUGCCGCAGUAAGGACUGUGCUGUUCCCAGCUGCUGAAGAAGGUAAGGAGAGUCUGACAGGCGCAGACUGCACCGUAACUCUCCCCGGACUGAGCUCUGGUUCUGAAACGGAACAGUUCCACUCCUUUAAGCCCGUCCCCAGUCCGAACUUUCCAUCCGCCCUGGAGCCCUGUGCAGCGCCCGUCCCAUCAACUACGCACAUCAACUCUGUGAUUGACCAGCUGGAGCCAAACGUGUUGAACAACCUGGCGGAGAUCAUUAAAGACAUCAAGAGAAAGUCUCCGCAGUUCUAUCUCCACUGCACAGAACCGGGAGACCAGGUCUACGAGGAAGUCAAGGAACAUCUGUUGAACCUGGGCAACGUUCACCAGAGUCCUGUGGACUUUCUACACCAGGACAACACAGAAAACGGGCUGCUGGUCAUCAUUAAGAACAAAGACAUAACUGGACACAUACAUCAGAUUCCAGGCCUCAUGUCUUUAAAGCGACACUCCUCUGUGAUGUUUGUGGGCAUCGAUUCGCUGGACGACAUCAAAAACAACAGCUGCAUUGAGCUAUUUGUCUCUGGAGGCUGCAUCGUCUCGGACGAGUUGGUCCUCAGUCCGGACGUCAUCACUCGCGAUCAACUUGCUGCUCUGCUGAUGCUGCUGGAGGAGCACAGCUCUCCAGAGAGUCUUUGGAGGUGGAAGAUUCACUGCAAAACCCACAAAAAGCUGAAGGAACAAGCCAGGUUCCGGAGGGAUGCAGCCAACCUGCUGGAGCUGCUGUCAUCGUAUCAGAAGCGUCAGAUCAUAGACUUCCUGCCGUAUCACCACUGUGACAUGACGAACCAUCAGUCGCCUGACCUCGACUGCCUCAUCGAGCUUCAGGCCCGAUACACGCAGUUCCGACACACGGUCUACCUCACUGAGCACCCCUUUGACAAGUUUCCUGCCUACUCCAACGGGGGCAUCAUCGUGGCCGGGAUCGAAGAAAUCCAGCACAGCUUCAGCAGACUGGUGGGUUGUCACAGCAUCAAGGACAAGCAGUUGUUCGUAGAGGAUCUUCUUGCUCCCAAAGGUCUCAGCAGGCAGCUCGACCAUAGAGACUCUGUCACCAGCUAUGAAGUCUCCCCAUCUCCCUCCAACUUCCCGGAUCAAAUCCAUCCAGUUUCCUCCAGUAACCAACCCCAAGAGGUGCUUAUUCAACCCAGCGCCAACCUGCCUUACCGCCCCCAUGUGUCUGACCAGAUCGUUCCAGACAGCAGCAAUGAGCGGAUUUCACUGACUACAAGCAGAGACAUGGAGUUCCUCCAGCAGGCCAUUAAAGAGCUGCGAGCUGAGCGCCUGGAGCAGCUGAGGCAGCUCAAACUGCAGCAGCAGCUGUUGGAGUUGCAGGUCGAGUCGGAUGUGGGCAUCCUUGCCAACCCCACUGGCACAGAGGACGGUCACAUCACCCCGCCUCCGGACCGAGUAGCACCCUCGGAGUCAGUCCGGCUCACUCCUGGCAGGAAAGCUGUGGCAGCCACGCUGGAAUCCAUUCACUCCGGGCUGCAACUAGAAACACGGGAGGACGUGAGGAUGGAGGACAGACAGCAGCUGACUCCCACAGAGGGAAGAGAGAGGCCAGGAACCCCAGAGGGAAGUGAUCCUGGAGGUCAGAGGCGGAGCACUGCAGGAAGAGUGGAGGGAUCACCAAUUGGACACUCUGCCCAGAAUAACAUAGAUCCAUCCAGUCAAAGUGCAGCUGCAGGGACAGAUCGCAGUAAUCCAACAGAACCCGACAGUGACAACAAACGAGAAGAGACAAUCCAACAAGAACCUGUUCGAUCCUCUGGUUCUCCUGAGGAGGACAUCAUCUCCAGAUCUUCCCAGUUCAACCAGGAGCAGCAAGUGAGCACAGAAGUGGCUCCACCGGCCAGCAGCAACACAGAGUCCAGAAUCCCUGUCUUAAUGUAUCGGGAUCGCGAUCCAAAGCCCGCUCCAAGUGUGCAGAACAUCCAGCAGAAACAGCCUGCCCAGCUCCCACCAUACAGCCAGCAGCCACAGCGGGGUGUUGGCCUUCUGCACACUCCACACCUGCCUCACAUCCAAGGCCAGCAUUUCCACCCAGGACCUUUACUGGGACCCCUGCGCCCUCUGGGAGGAAUGAGAGGUGUCAUGGGCCCCCCACAUCUCUGGCCGGGUGGGUUAGCCCCCGUAGGCAGUCCCCUGGUUUGGGGCUUUCAACAGACUGGCAUCGACUUCCUGGGAAGUUACUACAGUCCCGCAGGUCCAGGCGGAAACAUGUACAGAGGAGGCCGACCAGGAGGAGGUUUUAACAGAAUGUAGGUAGCCGGUUUCCCAACACUUUCCCGUUUCUGCUGCUGCUCAGGUAGAAGAACAGAACCACCGGCACUGGCAGAAGAAUCUUUAUUUAGUCAAAGGCCUGUAAAAAAAAUACAUGAUUAUUAUUUUGAUUAUCUCAAUCAACCUGAGGAUUUCAGUCAUGACUGUGUUUACAGGGAAGGUGUUUGGAAAUGAGUCCAGAUAAUUUCAGGAAAUCAUCUACUCUAAGCAAAUAAAUCAAGACAUGUAAAUAUUUAGCAACAUGAAACUUUUUAACCCUGACUGUCUUCUGCGUUGAUCGGACGCUUUUUUUUUUGUUUCCUUAUCGAGGAAGACCGUAACACAUGAGUUCUGAUGUUUCCUGGACGCACCACUUUGAUGGUUUCCGUCUUUGAUGGAUGCCGUCUUGUCUUCCUUGGAAGCUACGUCAUGAUUCUCUUCAGGAUGCUUCCUUCAGGAACCAGGAGCUGCUCAUCUUUUGGAGACUCAAACUGUGGGCAAACUUGGGGGACAGUUGGGUUGCCUUACACGUCUUCCAGUGGACACAGGAAAGAAGUCACUGUUGUUGCUGAAUAUAUGGUUUAGUACACUGGGAGCAGUUUGUGUUCAGUUGUAGAAAGAAACUCUGUAACAAAUCGUUUUAACUUAAAUCAGUUUUUAUGUUAUUUUCUAUAUCAGGUUUUUGUAAUAAAAUCACUUGAAAACAGGAA